GCUGUCUCUGUGUUUCGCUCAGUAGGGAGUCAGGAAGUUUGUCUCAGCUGGAAGGAACAGUGCAGAACUUCCAAGUGAGACCCAGUGUAGGAGAUGCACGCUGCGGUGCGCCUGGCAGUAGUGGCCGUCCCGAUGGGUGUGCUGCUGUCCCGGACCAUGGCGUGGAUGUCCAGCGGCAAAACACACGCAGAGCUCAUCAGCAGGCUGAGGGAUCACGGGGUGAUCCGCAGUGACCGAGUGUUUGAUGCCAUGCUGGCUACAGACAGAGGGCUCUACUCCAUAGAUUAUCCUUAUGCAGACUCUCCUCAAACAAUAGGCUACAGAGCGACCAUCAGUGCCCCCCACAUGCAUGCUCAUGCUUUGGAGCUGUUAAGUGACAAACUAACUGAAGGAGCAUCUGCACUCGAUGUGGGUUCAGGAAGUGGAUAUCUCACAGCCUGCUUCGCAAGGAUGACAGGACCCAGUGGUAGAGUGGUCGGAAUUGAACACAUUGAUGAACUGCUUAAAAUAUCAAUAAAAAAAGUGCAAGGGGACGACCCAGAACUGCUCACAUCUGGGCGCAUCAAACUUGUAGUGGGAGAUGGAAGACUCGGCUACCCAGAAGGAGCGCCGUAUGAUGCCAUUCAUGUUGGUGCAGCUGCAGCUACUGUUCCCAAGGCUCUCUUGGAGCAGCUGAAGCCUGGGGGCCGGUUGGUUCUCCCAGUCGGCCCUGAAGGUGGCAGUCAGGUGCUAGAACAGUACGAUAAGCAGAGUGAUGGGACCUUCCUGAAGAAAGCUUUGAUGGGAGUGGUUUACGUCCCACUGACUGACAAGAGACGCCAGUGGCCUGGAGGUGAGCUCUGACUGCAGUGUGGUUGCCCCCGCAGGAGGUGGCGUUGGUGCUGCGUCUCCGGGGCCCCUUAGCCCUCCUCAUGGUUUCACUGAGCUCCUGUCUUAAUGGCCACCUGCCCCGCUGGGUCGUCACCUAGCAACGUACAAGGAGGAUCUCACCCUGUUUGCCCAACCAGAUUGUCUUCAAAGGAUGAUAAAACAGUGAGAGACUGAAUGAAUGACCACCGCUGGACUGAUGACCUUAAAUCCAGUGUCCAUUAGACAGUGAUACUGUGGAUAACAAAGGGAGGUUGUCCGGGAUCUAAGUGAUUCACAGUAUUAUUUAUGGGUGAGUCAGUAAAGAGAAAAAUGCACUUAAGGAGGUACAGGAUGUCUUUCUUUUGGAAGCUUGUGGUGAAUUCAGAUGAGAGUUAAUAUGUGACCCUGUGUGCAAUCUUAUGGGAUGUUUUGGCUAUGAAUAACACAUAAAGAUAAAACCAAAUUCUAGCCAUGGAAGUUUAAUGAAAAAUUCUGCAAAUCAAAAGGAAAUAAUAUAUAUUUUGUGGUAAGAAUCCUUCUCUUACUGCUUUUUAUAUUGUAUGUUAUGUGCUCUUUGACAUUGAUUAUGUACAGCAGAGUGGGCAUUGUGCCAUAAAAAAUGUAUGUGUACACAGAUUAAUGAAAUAAACCCACUAAACAGAAA